UUAACCAGAGCAGACUGGUCCAGCGCGAACCAAGCCGCCCAGCGCGCGCGAGCUCAUUCAGACAGUCCACUCCACUCAGACUGAGGGUCAGUAUGGUGAAAAAGAGCAGGAGUCCUGUCACCUACUCUAAAAUGAAGGGGAUAAUCGCAUACUUUGCUGCUUUAAUCAGAGAGAGAAAACAUGGUUCGACCGACCUGCUACAGAAGCUCGGGACCCGAAUUCCAGGUUAUCGGAACAGUACGGAUUCGGAGUGUUUUCUGAGACCAGAAGCCAGUUUAUCUGAUGAGUCUGCAGCAGCUGCACACUGCUUCACCAGUACAGCACAGGAGCUGCAAAGGUCUCAGGUUUCAGCAGCAGAUUUUGACUACUUGAAGGUGAUUGGAGUAGGCAGUUUUGGCAAGGUUCUUUUAGCAAAAUAUAAGGAGAACAACAAAUACUAUGCAGUCAAGGUUUUACAGAAGCACAUCAUUCUGAAGAAAGAAGCGGAAGGAAACAUCAUGUGUGAGCGUAACGUGCUACUGAAAACUCUGAAUCAUCCGUUCUUGGUGCGACUUCACUUCAGCUUUCAGACCAAAGAGAGGCUCUGUCUAGUGUUGGACUAUGCAGGUGGUGGAGAGCUCUUCUACCACCUCCAAAAAGAACGUGUGUUCAGGGAGCCCAGAGCCAGAUUUUAUGCUGCAGAAAUAGCCAGUGCACUAGGAUACUUACAUUCCCUGCACAUCAUCUACAGGGACCUGAAGCCAGAGAACAUCCUGCUUGACUCUGAAGGCCAUGUGGUCCUAACAGACUUUGGCUUGUGUAAAGAGGGUAUAGUGGGACGUGGAACCACCAAAACCUUUUGUGGAACUCCUGAAUACCUGGCACCUGAGGUUCUCCAGCAGCACGAGUAUGACCGUACUGUGGACUGGUGGGGGCUUGGAGCUGUUCUGCAUGAAAUGCUUUAUGGUCUGCCACCCUUCUACAGUGCAGACCGCAUGAAGAUGUUAGGCAAUAUAAUUUAUCAACCACUGGUCCUAAAGCCUGGAGUGUCCAAGGCUGGAAGAGAUUUUCUCAAAAGCUUGCUCAACAAAGACAGAUCUAAGAGAUUAGGCGCUAAACAGGACAUUGACGAGCUGAAGCGGCACUCAUUCUUUUCCUCUAUCCACUGGGAUGACCUUGUGGCAAAGAAAAUCCCACCUCCCUUUGUUCCCUCACUGUCUGGCCCUGAUGACUUGACAAACAUUAACCCUGCUUUCACAAGACUUCCUGUCCCAGAUUUUCUGGGUGUGUGUGAAGAGGCUGGGCUAACCUUCCCUGGCUUCAGCUACAUGAGUGCAGACGUCUCAGUGAUGUCCACAUAGGUGCUCAGACAUGUGUCAAGUCGAGGCUCCUGGAAAACUGACCAUGAUUAUACCUCUCAGAGUGGAUAUGGAUGUUUACCUUCAAUAUUUUUGUUUUGAUUUUUCAAUUUUCGUAUUUUAUAAUUUUCUGGAUGCCAUUUGGACCACUGCAUUGCUGCUGCACUGAGACUGUCAGUCUCUUCUUAGUCCUGAAAUCAGUGAAUCCAUAAUGUUAAUUUUAUUUACAUUUUUUAAAAAUAUUUGUACACAUUUUUUUUUUAUCUUUUGGAUGAUUGUGUCAAGUAAUAUCUUUAUUUAUAGAUUUGUAUAUAAAUUCUGCAAAUAUUUGGUGCAUCAGUUAAUUUAUUUAUUCAUGAAUUUAUUUAUUUUUAAUAUCCUAAUAUUGUGUACUUGGCAACUAUAACAAAAUUCCUAGAUGUAAAAAAAAUUAUGUAAAUUAUGUAAAGCUGGAGAAAAAAAAUAAUCAGUGUUCCUAGUUGGUAUUAAAGAUCCU